AUGUCGUCCAUUUCCAAGGUCAAUAGCAAUGGCGUUUCCAAGGUCAAUAACAAUGGCGAUGACACGCGGCAGCAGCAGAAGCAGCUGGUCUGUGUGACCGGAGCAGGUGGCUUCAUCGGGUCAUGGGUGGUGCGGGAGCUCCUCCUCCAUGACUACCGCGUCCGGGCAGCCGUCAGGGACCCCGCGGACCGCAAGAACGCCCACCUGCUCGCGCUGGAGGGCGCCGGCGGCGAGCGGCGGCGGCUCUCCCUGUGCCGCGCCGACGUGCUGGACGUCGCCGGCCUCCUCGCGGCGUUCGCCGGGUGCCAUGGCGUCUUCCACGUCGCCUGCCCGCUGUCGAAGCACGACCCAGAGCUGAUGCCGGUCGCGGUGGAGGGGACGAGGAACGUGGUGAACGCGGCGGCGGACAUGGGCGUCCGCCGCGUGGUGUUCACGUCGUCGUACGGCGCCGUGCACAUGAACCCCGCCAGGAGCCCCGACGCCGUCCUCGACGAGACAUGCUGGAGCGACCUGGCAUUCUGCCGGCAGAAAGACAUGUAUUGCUACGCCAAGACGGUGGCCGAGAUCACGGCCAUGGAGGAGGCAACCAAGAGGGGCCUGGAGCUGGCCGUGGUGGUGCCGUCGAUGACGGUGGGUCCCAUGCUGCAGCCGACGCUCAACCUCAGCAGCACGCACGUCGCCAACUACCUCACCGGCGCCAAGAGGUCCUACCCGAACGCCGUCGCCGCCUACGUCGUCGUCCGCGACGUCGCCCGCGCGCACGUCCUCGUCUACGAGCGCCCCGACGCCUGCGGCCGCUUCCUCUGCAUCGGCACCGUCGUCCACCGCGCCGACCUCCUGCAGAUGCUCAAGGACCUCUUCCCCCUGUACAGCAUCACUGCAGAGUGUGAAGACAAAGGGAAGGUGAUGGUAAAACCGUACGAGUUCUCGAACCAGAGGCUCAGGGAUUUGGGCUUGGAAUUCACUCCCCUGAGGACGAGUUUGUACGAGGCAGUCAUAUGCAUGCAACACAAGGGUCACCUGCUGCCUGUCGUCUCACCAUAGCAUAAGAAGAGUGUAGUAUGUAUGUAGCCUGCAGAACGAAAAAUGACUAAUUUCUGAAGAUAUAGAUUUUGUGUGUGUGAUCAGAUAAGUACCAUCUAGCGAUCUAAUACUGGAAGCCUGAAGAAUUCAGCUUUAGUCCAUUUUGCAAAUUGCAAUGCUUGUGAUUUCAUCUAGCCAUCUUAAUUACGUUGCAAUACUUUGCAGAGAACAGGACUGUCUGCAUGGCUGCUUCUGUUUUGUAUUUAUACAUGCCAAAUAUUGCAUAUGUGGCUAGCCCGUUUGGGUGCUAAACUUUUUAU